AUCUUGCUGGCUCGGCCCAAUUCAUCACGUGUUGUGAUUGUUUAUCGUUGGCCGCGCAACAACAAAGGCUUCCUACUCAGAUUUCUGAUUAGCUUUCCUCGAACAUCGGUUUAUUGUGAGAAUCUAUGAUGGAAGCUGCUCUCACUCGGCCUCGGUCAUCCUCGCGCCCGCGACCUUCGUCCAGGCCCACAACUCCUCUACGGCCCAAUUCUCGAUCGUCAAUCCGCGAAGCACAUGGAUAUGGGACGAGUAUCAGCAAUGCUGGCUACACGCAACCCGCAAUCAAUGCUCUCGAGCCGCAGUUUGCAGAACUUGCAGAUUCUAUGGCAGACCUUGAGGCGAACUUCAUGCACCUUCAGUUGAUGCACGAGAGUUUAACGCGUUUCAGCGAAAGCUUUGCCAGCUUCCUCUAUGGUUUGAAUAUGAAUGCAUUCUGUGUGGACUUUCCGGAGGCACCAAUAGCAGAUUCGUUCCGGAGGGCUAAACAAGCUGAAGCUCAAAAAGGUAUUGUCAAGUAACAUUCGACAAAAUUAACAAGACAACUAUACUCACUAAGAUUGCAGAGGCUGAAGCUGAAGAAGUUCGACGAGCUGUUGACGCUGAGGCAACGUUCAUGUGAGUUACCCUUAAAUCAAAGCAGCAUUGCACAUUGGAUGUUCAUUCUGACCACGAU